CCUCUUCUGCCACUACGCCUUUUAUAUAAGAAAAUCUCUGGUUCCUUUCAUCGGAAGUUCUCUCAUGCUCUGGCGAUUUCCUGUUCGCCCUAGGGGGACGAAAUAGGAAGAGGAGCUAACACAGGAAAAUCGGUUCCUUUGCGAACAGGAAGUCAAAAUGGAGCAGAAUGAGACGGGAUGCCAAGCUCCUCCAGAAGCUCCUAUCCUGUGUGCCAACAACUGCGGAUUUUUCGGAAGUGCAGCAACCAUGAACCUGUGCUCCAAGUGCCACAAGGACUUGAUGCUGAAGCAACAACAGGCUAAGCACGCUUCCUCCUCUUCCUCUUCUAUUGGAAGCGGAAACAUUGUAAACGGCGGCAGUUCCAGCACCCUCCAAAAGGAGGCUGAAACAGAAGCAGCCGCAGGCACUCGUGCACGGGCUGUCUCGCCUGAGUCCGUGGUCUUAGCACCGCAAGCACCUGGCCCAUCUUUGCCAAACGAGAAUAACGACCAAGUCAAACGAGGUCCAAACAGGUGCACCACCUGCCGGAAGCGUGUUGGUUUAACCGGAUUCAACUGCCGAUGCGGCAACCUUUUCUGUGCAACUCAUCGCUACUCCGACAAACACGACUGCCCCUUCGACUACUGUUCUGCUGCCCGGGAUGCCAUUGCCAAAGCCAACCCUGUCGUGAAGGCUGAGAAGCUCGAUAAGAUCUAGGAGUUUGGGCAAAGCUAUAAUGUAAGUCCAAUGAUCGUCGUCAAAUCGAUUUUAAUCUUCCGUGUCCGUCCAAUUUUCUUGUUGGUAGUCAAAGUGCCCUCUGUAAUGGGUAUAGUGGUUGAUAUCAAAAGAAGAAGUGGGUGCGCAUCAUCUAUGUGAGUGUCAGUGUCAAGAACUCUGUAGUUCUGUUUAUUGGAGAGGACUCAAAUCAGUUGGCUCUACUGCCUUUUUGUUCAUGCUGUUUUUAUUUUUAAUUUUUGCUAAUUUUACUUGCUCCUUUGUGUCUAGCAAGCGUCUACUCUGGUUCCAUGAAUAGGUGUUUGAUUCAAAUAUCAUUUUCUUCUUCUUCGUUUU